CGCUCAUCGCAAGCUCGUUUCUUUCUUUUAGCUAUUUCAUCUCCCACCCACCAAUAUAAUGGCGACGGGAGCGGCGGCCCCGCGCAAGCUGCGCGUCAUGGCCCUGCACGGCUUCACGUCCAAUGCCUUCACGCUGCAGCGCCGCAUGGGCGCGCUCCGCAAGGCCUGUCGGGACGUGUGCGACUUUGUCUUUCUCAAUGGGCCCAUGCGUGUCGAGCCCAUCUUCUCGAGCCAGCCGCUCGACACGCCCGAGGCCUCGGCCGACCGGGACAAGGAGGAGGACGUGCCGUUGGAGGAGCAACCGAGGGCAUGGUGGAGGGCAAAUGACGACGACGGCACCUACGAGGGCUUCGACGACUCGCUGCGCUUCCUCGGCGGCGAGAUCAGGGACAAGGGCCCGUUUGACGGCGUCUUUGGCUUCAGCCAAGGCGCAGGUCUUGCGGCCCUGCUGGCAUCGGCCUUUGAAGACCCGUCGAGACUCUCGCCUCACCGCCGCGAGCUCCUCUUUCCUCCCGGCUCAAAGCAAGGCCCGCUCCGCUUCUGCAUUGCCGUCUCGGGCUUCCGUGCGCGAGACCCUGCACUCGAUGCCAUGUACCCCGCCGGUGAUGGCCGCCCACAGGGGCUUCGCGGCAUCCAGACGCCCGUGCUGCACGUCCUUGGCAAAGCAGACCAAAUCGUCGAUGCAGACCGGUCCCAGACGCUCGUCGAUGCCUGCGCCCACUCGCGCAUCGAGACGCACGAGAGCGGCCACGUCGUGCCCACGCAGGCCCCCUGGCGCAACUUUCUCCGCGAUUACAUCCACGCCUUUGCCGACGAGACGCACGAGGCAGGCGCAUGGAGGCACGUCCAGGGUCCAAACGAGCGGCCCAGAGGCCAGGUCCUGGCCAACGGCGAGUCGCCCCUUCCCAGUGGCACCAACACACCGAGAGAGCAGGAGGAGCAAGAUGCGAUAAAGAGGAAGCCUUCAUUGUAGUAGAGGAAGUUGCACAGCGAAAAAGAGAAGAGAUAGAUGUGACAAUUCUCUGCUACUAAG